CCUACCAAUUCGUUACUGGUGUGUGUCGACUUCUCUCCAUUCAAAAUCGGCGACUAAACUCACCAGCUCCGCCACUUUUGGACUCCACAUUCCUUUUAACUUUCUCUCUCUCCUCUCAGACACUUGUUCAUUGUUGGAGAGAGAAACAAUAACCAAUCAUAACAGUUACGAUCCAAUCCAAUGGCUCUAACACACCGCGCUUCCAAUCUCCUGAAACCCAUCUCCACCGCAAUCUCCUGCACCCCAUCUCUCCACCGUCCCUUCUCAUCCGACACCACCACCAUCACCGUCGAAACCAGCGCCCCCUUCACCGCCCACCAAUGCGACCCUCCGUCUCGCUCCGUCGACACCUCCCCCAAAGAACUCCUCUCCUUCUUCCAUGACAUGGCGCUCAUGCGCCGCAUGGAGAUCGCUGCGGACUCGCUCUACAAAUCCAAGCUCAUCCGCGGCUUCUGCCACCUCUACGACGGCCAGGAGGCCGUCUCCGCCGGCAUGGAGGCGGCGAUCACCAAAAAGGACUGCAUCAUCACUGCCUACCGCGACCACUGCAUCUACCUCGGCCGCGGCGGAACCCUACUGGAGACGUUCUCCGAGCUCAUGGGUCGUCGGGGCGGGUGCUCCAAAGGAAAAGGCGGGUCGAUGCAUUUCUACAAGAAGGAAGCUGGGUUCUAUGGAGGGCAUGGAAUUGUUGGGGCUCAGAUUCCGUUGGGUAUUGGAUUGGCAUUUGCUCAGAAGUAUUCAAAGGAAGAACAUGUGACCUUCGCAAUGUACGGUGAUGGUGCCGCCAAUCAGGGGCAGUUGUUUGAGGCUCUUAAUAUCGCAGCACUUUGGGAUUUGCCUGCCAUUUUGGUCUGUGAAAACAAUCAUUAUGGGAUGGGGACGGCGGAAUGGAGAGCUGCCAAGAGUCCGGCCUACUACAAAAGGGGAGAUUAUGUUCCUGGUUUGAAGGUAGAUGGUAUGGAUAUCCUUGCCGUGAAACAAGCGUGCAAAUUUGCUAAGGAGCAUGCUUUGAAGAAUGGACCCAUUAUUCUUGAAAUGGACACUUACAGGUAUCACGGCCACUCUAUGUCUGAUCCUGGGAGCACCUACCGUACGCGUGAUGAGAUUUCUGGUGUGAGACAGGUGCGUGAUCCAAUUGAAAGAGUAAGAAAGCUGAUAUUAUCCCAUGAGCUAGCCACUGAAAAGGAGCUAAAGGAUACUGAAAAGGCAGUGAGAAAAGAGGUAGACGAAGCCAUUGCUCAAGCCAAGGAAAGUCAAAUGCCAGAUCCUUCUGAUCUAUUCACCAAUGUCUAUGUGAAAGGCUUCGGAGUAGAGGCAUGUGGAGCAGAUAGGAAAGAAGUGAAAGCUGUGCUUCCUUGAGGUGAACAAUAGAAGCUGUUCCUCUUCUUGACUAACAGGAAUAAGAAGAUAGAAUUGCGAGCAGCAGAAUCUGUUCCCUGUUUAGUCUCGGCUUGUUUUCGUUUUGGUAUAGGAAGCUCUUUCGAUUGGCGUUAUUCAGAGUAAUUUUUACAUUUUGAAGAUAUAGUUAUUUUGUGGAACAUAACAAUUGUACAUGAAAUUCGAUUUGCUUCUCCCCAGCGCUGCUGUGAGACACUGAAUAUUUUGAUACAUAAAAUAAUUUUGGGCUUGAAUCCA